ACUUUUUCCGUCUGUUGUGAGAUGAUGACGUCACGAGGCCGUAUAAAAAGCCUACUUGAGGGUGAGGCGCGUUAUUACAAUAAAAAUGUGGAGGAGUUUAGUGGUCGUUUGCUUUUUGGGGGUGAGUGUUGUUUCGGGAGCUCCUUUGUUCCGGGAUGAGACAUUCACCCCUUCACCUCCAGGGGUGAGACCCCCUUGUGCUGCCAAGACGGCGACUUUCUGCGAAAAAGUGGAUAAAUAUCCUGCAAAAACUAUUCAAAAGCUACUGGAAUCGAAAGCUUAUGAUUUCGAUGAUUGGUUCAUUGAUGAAAGGGAUGGACUUGAAGAACCUCCAGAAUUCUUGCACGAAGAUUUGCUGAUCUUGCCUGGCAACAAGUCCCUCCUGAAUCGCAAGAGCAGAUCGGUUACAGAGAAGUCCAGUCCAAACUUGUCCGUGUCGGAGCUCGCUAAGAAGUGUCCCAUCCUCAGCAAGGCGGCAUUGCCCAAAAUGGCGGCCAGUAGCUCUGGAGAAUGGAAGUUCAUUGUGCAGGACGAACAUUCGGAGACGAACCAGAAGAUCAAAGUGCAUCUAUGCGAUAAAAGUGAAGAGUGCAGCACGUACUGUACACAGUUCUACUCUCCAGUUUCCAUGGUGUUCCUAAGCCACAACGGGACGGUCGCCAAAGAUACAUUCUGGAUGCCAAGUUCGUGUCGCUGCCAUACUGACCCCAUCAAUAACUUCUAAAGAAGUUGUCUGUGAAAUAUGUUUUUAAAAGAAAAGGAGAAAAGAGCAAAGGAUGAAAGAUUUGAAGUUUUUUUAUGCAAAAUCUGUGUAAUAAGAAAGAUUUAUUGUCUUUUUAUGCAAAAUCUAUGUUACAAAGAUUUAUUUCUUGUAAUGGAAACCACGUCCGGCUGGUUUUUUUCGCAGAAUGGAAAUUCAGAAGUGCCAAAAUGCAGUUUUUAUUUAUCAUAUAUAGAGUGAAAAUUUUGUGUUUAAUGCAUAAAUCCUUAAGAUUGGAUUCAUAUAUGUGACCUCAUGAUCACAUAGUAUGUAUAAAUACAUAUAUAACUAAACAUCUGACAUCUAAUUAUAUGUUAUUUUUCAUCACGUUACCAGGACCCUAAUUUUCCCUUAAAUACUAGGCAUUGGGGAACCAAAUAUUAACUUUGCCUCAAACAAGACCUAUAAACCUCAAAAACAAGAAUUUACCCUAUGCCAGGUCAUAAGGUUAUUUUCUCAUAUUACAUGGACCUGCCCUAGCGAAUGUAUUCCAUUACUCCUAGUGAAUGCGUCCAAUGUAUCCCAUUAUACCUUAAUGAAGAUAUUUCAUUAUGCCUUAAUGAAAGUGUCCAAUGUCUCCAUCAUACCCUAGUAAAUUAAUCUUGAUUAAUCUACUAGAGAAUUAAUCUACUAAGGUAUGCAUACAUAAAAUGUUCUGAUUCAGUUGUGUGCGAUGAAUUCAUUUCUUUGUAUGAACUCUCGGAUCGCCAGAUUAGAGACAAAGUUAUGUUUUUUUUAUUCCUUCUAUUUGUUAUUCUUGUCUUACCUGCAUGACUUUGACAACUGGAAAAUGAAGAUAUCUAUUUUUCACUUAAUAUUUCCUUUGGGCAUUAGCUAUAAUACGUGCUUGUCGUUACAACUGAAUCAAAAGUGAGAUAUUUUAGAUGAUGAAAAGUGUGCCUAUUGUGAGUUUAUUUCCAAAUACAUAAGAAGAGAUAGCUUUGAUUCUAAAUACUAUCUAUAAUCAUAAUUUAGUUAUGUCUCUCAAAUCACUCAUAGUUAUAUUAGUAUUAGCUAAACAAUAAAAUUUCUGGAAAUGAAAGUUAAAUUUCCUUUAUGAAUUUGAAGGACGAUAAAUAAAUCAAUAGAUAUAAAAAACAAAAAUAUAAAGAAAAAAAAGACAUUUAAAAAAUAAAUUAUUGUGAAAACUAAAUUUACAGUAUUGUAGAUGCAGUAAUAAAUUAAAAAUCGUGAUAACAUUCCUACGUCAAUGAAAAUUCAUCAUGAAAGAUACAGGAAAAACCCAUUUGUCUGAUCGAGUCCAAACCUGUCUAUGUAAAAUAUUCCGAUACAAAGUAUAUUUCAGUUACAGUUAUUAAGUUAUAUGGCUUCAUAAAUAAUUAUUGUUGGAUUUUGUUCUGAAAUCCUUUAUGAUAAAUCUUUAUCUGCAACUGAUGGAACACUAAGAAAGUUACAUUCAUAAAAUAUUGUUUAUUUUUUGUAAUUUUUGAUAUAUUUGACACGAUUGAUAGAUUCCCAAAAGGUGAUAUUCAUGGAAAUAUAAAAAAACAAACAGAAUAAACAUAUAACAGAAUAAAAGAAUUGCAACAUUAUUUAUUACAAUAGAUUCAUGCUAUAUGAUAACUUUUAUAGAUUAUUAGCCAAAAAAUUGUUAAACUUCGAAUUCCUUGAAAAUUCAUACUUAAAUAUUAUAGAAUAACUAACUGGCAAUAGAAUUUUCAAAUGAAUAAGCUUGCUGAAUCCUCAAAUUUAAUGCAUAAUUGUAGAAAUUACACUUUAGAAUUAAUUAUAAGCAUAUAUUUUUAUAAAUAGAAAUUCUUAGAAGAUGACGAAUGAAAACAAUUACACGCGUUUGGGUACCUGAUAUUCACAUUACAUUUCUUACCAUGUUGCCAUUCUGCUAUUCAACAAAAUAUGAGAAUUUACUGAUAAAAUACGGUUUCCUAUAUGAAGAGGUUUCUUCAGAUGCAUAUUUUUGAAUAUAUUUUGCCAAAAAUAUCGUAUAUAUAUUUGUUAUGUGUGCAAUUGUUUAUCAUUCAUGUUUACGUUUUGUGUAUAUGACAUUUGUUUAUUUGUUGCCAAUUUAUCAUCGUUUCAUCCAUUACUCUGUGUACAAUUUUUAUUUUUUACUGUUGUAUUUAUAUCUUAAUAAAAAUAUUUCCUAUUA